CUCAGGGGCUCGCGGCUAUUCGUCAAACUAUCGGGGGUGUUGCCCGACAGCUCUGGAAAGGUUGGGAAAUGGGUUGAGUGGCGCUAAACCUCGUUCCGAGAACCCCACGGCGAAGGACGGAUUGGAUGGUUAUUGGCGACCCAGUGGGAAAGCGUGGAGGCGACCAGAGGGGUAUUGAGGGGUUUGCUUGAACGAAGAGCUUCCUAUUAUCUCUGCAAUGGAGAGUUGAGAACGACGAUAUGUAUGACGUAGCCCUGUCCGUUCGAGGACUGGCGGCCGGUCUCUGUAUAACAGGUCAGACAAUGAGAUUGAAAAGAGAAAUUUAGCGGUGGAAAUCCGAGACAACGGGAUGACACCAUAUAAGAUCCGCUGCAAUUGGGCUCAAGCGUUUUGACGUGAAAAGGCGGAGAUUUGGUUCCGAUCGCGGCGGGGAGGAGCACAUUCCAGGCGGGAGCCAAUUGGGAGCCGUCAAGCAAAAAAAACAAGUUCAUCGCUCUCCUCUUCGACACUUCGCCUCCUCCCUUGAAGCGGGUCUGCCCCAGCCUUUCGGUUACCCCGGAUUCGUCGUCACUUCGCCCUGGACUCAGCACUCAAACAUCAACGGUCUCUCCCCUAGAGACCAUGGAGCCGAAGCUGGCCCUAUCCUCAAUCUCUCCCUCCUCCUCCGGCCGCGACUAUGCAUUGAGGUAUACCCUCCGCUCAAUCGAGACUUGACUGAGGGUUUUGUGAGUGUGGGAAACAGUCCGCGCCUGCGGUGCGCGGCGCCUUCAUCAUGCAAACACGCCGACCGGCUACGCUCGGUGUCUCAGUCACCUUUUUCGUUAUCGCCAGUAUAUUCGUUGCUUUGCGGUUCGUCUCGCGGAUCUUCGUUGUGCGUCGAGUUGGGUUACACGAUUAUUUGAUGCUGGUCGCGUGGCUGAUCGAUUUUGGCUUCUCGUUCUCGCUGUUCUACGCGACUCAACAUGGAUUUGGCCUGCACUCAGCUGACAUCCCAGCCGAGAACCAAGAGGCCUUGAAUAAGGCUAAUUAUGCAUUUACGGUGUUAUAUAACCCGGCGCUGAUGGCUGUCAAAACUUCCAUCCUCGUCUUCUACCUUACCCUAACACGCAAUCAAAAAGUCUUCCGAUGGGCAAAUUAUGUCACACUGGCGGUCGUCAAUGUUGCAGGCCUUGCCUUGACCAUGGUGAACGUAUUCCAAUGCCGCCCUGUCUCCGCUGCAUUUUACUCGACCGUUCCUUCCGGCGCCAAAUGUACCGACAUCGUCACGCUCUACCUUUCCUCGUCCCCCGUCAAUAUCAUCACCGAUCUGGCCAUUCUCUUCCUCCCGAUGCCGAUUUUGACGCAAAUGCGCCUUCCAUAUAAGCAAAAGGUCAUUCUGGUGAUUACGUUCAGCUUUGGUUUCUUCGUCGCGGUGGUCGAUGUGAUUAGGAUCGCUUUUCUUCAACAAGCCGCGAUAUCGCGCUCACUAGCGGUGAAAUCGAUUUCUCUACAGAAUAAUACCUCCGCUGACUUUAGCUGGUACGCCUCGCUCUCUUUCAUGUGGUCCGUCGUCGAAGUCAACGUCUCGGUCAUUUGCGGCUGUGUUCCAAGCCUCAAGCCUUUGGUGGCUCGUCUGAUGCCAAAAUUGAUCAGAGACACCGAUGAUCCCUACACUAGCCCCCGCAACAAUUACGCCCCUGGUGAAAGUCCGGUCGCCGUUCCUCCUGCUGCCGUGAUACCAAAUUCCCUCCAUGGAUCUCCUGCGGUUUCGCCAUCAGACAGCAAUGGUAGUAAACCCUCGCAGACGAGAAGUGUUAGCACAAGUGCACGCAGGCAGAGUUCGAAUGCCCCGGUUGGAAUACUCGACUUUCUAGGCGAGCCCGGAAAUGGUCCCACCGAUACUGAGGCGAACACCCAUACCAGCACGUCCUAUCCGCCUGAUAUCACCUUUUUCGAUUUUGUCAAUAUGAAGAAACCCGAGAGCAUGCUUAAAUUGAAUAAUCGAGAGUCCAUUGCACCGAUUGCGUUGACGACCCUUUUAUUCUUCCUUUGGGGAUUCGCAUAUGGGUUGCUUGAUAUACUGAAUGCCCAGUUCCAGACUAUUGUUCGGCUGGAUACUUGGCACUCGUUGGGUCUUCACGGUGCCUACUUUGGCGGAUAUGUGCUUGGCCCAUUGCUAGUCGGAGGCCCAGUUCUGAAAACCUGGGGAUUCAAGUCGACCUUCAUCACGGGACUCUGCAUUUAUGCCUGCGGAACGCUCGUCUUCUGGCCAUCAGCUGUACUCGCCUCUACGGCUGCAUUCACCAUCUCCAAUUUCAUCGUCGGAUUCGGCCUUGCCGUGUUGGAAACCGCAGCCAACCCUUUCAUCGCGCUCUGCGGUCCUCUGGAGAAUUCGGAAAUUCGAUUAAACAUCUCACAGGGUGUCCAAGCAAUCGGCAGCGUGGUAUCUCCACUUCUCGCCAAGAAAGUUCUCUUCAAGAAUGUCCAAGAUGCCGCCGCUCUCGUUGACGUGCAAUGGACAUACCUCGGGAUCGCUCUUUUCGACGUCCUCCUCGCAGUCGCAUUCUACUACCUCCCUAUCCCAGAAGCCUCGGACGAAGACCUCGAAGAACUAGCCAACCGCCGCAGAGAAGAUAACAUGACCAAAGUCCUCGGCAUCCCAGUCGUCUGGCUCACCCUCGGCCUCGGCAUCUGGUCCCAAUUCUUCUACGUAGCCGGCCAAGAAGUCCUGUCCACCUCACUGGAACGAUUCGUCCAAACCGCCAAUCCAAACACACCCCUCGGCGCUUUCGAAUUCCUAACAAUCGGCCACAGCAUCUUCGCCAUCGGCCGCUUCAUCGCCGCUUUUGCACAGUGGUUCCUCAAACCACGCUGGAUCCUAAUGGUCUCGUACAUCGGGAUGAUCGUGUUUUCCGUGCUAUGCAUGAAAACAACCGGCACCGCAGCUAUCAUAAUGGCAAUGUUCGUCUACCUCUUCGAAAGCGGAGUCUUCAGCAUUAUCUUCGCCCUGUCACUACGCGGAACGGCACAACACACCAAAACAGCCGCCGUCCUCCUAACCAUGGCCAUCAGCGGCGGCACUUUCUUCCCCUUCGCAGAAUACGCCGCCUACCUAUCCCGCGGCCAAUCAUACUCAUACUGCGUACUUGUCGCCGUCUUCGCGGCCGGCGCGAUCUUCCCGGUAUACCUCAACCUCGUCCCCGCCGUGAAAAAACAGGUCGACCCCGUUCCGAAUGAGUAUUUGCGUCGACACCGUCGGCGCAGAAGUAAAGCAGCUGGUAGUGGCGUGCAACGUGAGAAGCAGAAUCCUGCUGUGGGGGGCGUUCUCUCGCGUCCGAGAAGUUUGGUCUCGCAUCCGGAUUUGCUGCCUGAUUUGCCAAUGCCCGGGGCGACGCAUCAGAGUGAGAGGCCGAGUCUGAGGGCGAGGAGUGUGAAGGGUUCGAAUGGAACUUCGACUUCGAACUCGAAUGAUAGCUCGCAUGUUGGAUCGCAGUCUUCUGGCCAUGAGGGUGUUAAGAGAGUGCGAAUUGAGGGCGAUUCUUGAUUCCUGAUUCAGGAUGAUUGCACAUAUCUUUUUCGUUUUGGGCUGGGCUUUUUGCAAUAUUUAUAGAUACCCCAUCUCUGUGGCUCACUGAAAAAUGGAUGGUUAUAUCCAGGGUCGCUUUUUGGAAGCAUGCUUGGGUUACCUGGGCAUCUCCUGGAUCUCUUUGGUGAUGACUCUUGCAUUUUAGCGAUGGCGUUUUCGUGGCAAUUUCGGGGGAGGGUUCUGUUCGCUUU